GCGGCCUGGUAAACAUCGUCGAAGCUGUCACUCUGGACGAAAAUGGCACCAAGGUUAGCAGUAUUGAAGGUCAGCAGAAGUUUAGCGACAGCCAGCCAAGCACAUAGACAACCAGGAGCAGCUCGUAUGUGGAAGUUAAUGAGUUUUGUAGUCGCUUUACCAGCAGUUGCUGUCCUCAUGCUGAAUGCUUUUCUGAAGUCAGGUCAUGAACCUCUUGAAUUUGUGCCUUAUGAACAUCUCCGUAUCCGCAACAAGCCUUUUCCUUGGGGUGAUGGGAAUCAUACGUUAUUCCACAACUCGCACGUGAACCCAUUACCCACUGGCUAUGAGAAAUAAUAUACUAAUUACUGGGAAUUUUACCCCCACAAUGGAUUCAUCAUUAUAGUGCGUAAUUCAUAUUUACUGUUAUAAUUUUCAUGUUACAGUAAAAAAAUUAAAAACCUUAGAUGAUCAUUAAACUCA